GCCCCGCCAAUGAACGCACAUCCAUCUCGCGGCUUGAAGCUCAACAUCAGCUCAUCAAGCCAAUACAUACUAAUUCUGGUGAUUUUCUCCUUCAUACCCUUCCACUAGGAACUAUCGACGCAUGGACUAGUACCGAAGAAUGAAGUCGACAAUCCCCCAUGUAAUCACAUAAUUAUCCAGAUCUUGCCAAUCCUUCCUAUCAAUCUUCUUUCCAAUGCUUGUUCCUUCCGAACUGUACCGCCAAUUUCGUCAUGUCGUGCAUCAAAUAGAUACCCAGAUAGCCACAAUCGUUACGAAUGCAACCCCAACUUACCCCUCUAUGUCCAGGGUUGCAUGUCUAUUUGCGAUGAUCGGGAGAAUAUCGUAGAAAGCACCCUAAUGAUAAGGAUCUCGAGUUGAGUCUCCUCAGUCCUAAAGCUAGGAGAAAAUAUGGGUCCGAAUUCCAUGUUGAUACAGUUCGUGGAUGCUGCAAUGGGAUACCAUAAUAUCGUGAUUGAUAGUGUCAAUUAUCUUCGUGGAGUGAUUCUGUAAUGUGUUUUACUGUUGCUAUCUCUUUUGUUUCCUGUCCUCUUGUGAUACUUUUCAAUUGUCAUUCUCGUUGUUCAGAAGUCCUAGAUAGAAACCUGGAGAUUUUACUUCACUUGACUAGACAUUCAUCAAAAGUCAGCUAUUGAAAAACCAUGUCACCUUCUGCGGUUACUUUGGAAACACGGGGGAUUAAUGCUGCUUCAAACCCCAAGAAGGUAUCUUCGUCUUCAUCGUUUGCGGAGGGGCCAGCUUCAACGGCCAUCAAUGUUAAGACAAAUGGAGAUGGCUUGGCUCAAAACAAAUCUUCUUUACCAUUCAGACCUAUUCCUCAGCCCUCUUUCGAAAUAGAAGACCACCCAGUCGAUAUUGUUAAACCCCUGAAGGUUGCAGUUAUUGGUGCUGGUCUUUCUGGAAUCAACGCAGGUAUUCUUUUACCUGCUAAAGUGCCUGGAAUUCAACUUACAAUUUUGGAGAAGAAUGCCGAUGUUGGUGGGACUUGGUUUGAGAAUAUCUAUCCCGGGGUUCGUUGCGACAUACCUGCAAACGUAUAUCAAUCAACAUUUGAGCCUAAUACACAAUGGUCCGAAGAAUAUGCACAAGGAAAGGAAAUCAGAGAAUACUGGCAGAAGGUUGCAAGAAAGCACAACGUAUACAAUUACCUCAAAUUUAAUCGCAAGAUUGCUGGGGCAGUCUGGGAUGAGGAGAAUGCACAAUGGACAUUGAGUAUCGAGAAUGUUGAGAACGGAGAUAUAACGGAAGAGCAAUUCGAAGUAGUCAUUACGGCAAUCGGUAGAUUUAAUGCUUGGAAACUCCCGGACUACCCUGGUAUCGGCGAUUAUAAGGGACAUCUUCGACAUUCUUCAAAUUGGGACCCAAACUUUGAUCCUACGGAUAAAACUGUCGCGGUCCUUGGAAAUGGUGCUAGCGGCUUGCAAGUGGUUCCAAACCUUCAGAAAGUUGUGAAGCAUUUAGACCAUUAUGCACGUAGCAAGACUUGGAUUGCGGGAUCUUUCGGUGGUGAAGGUGAAGGUAGAAGAUUGGAACCAAAUUAUUUUCCUCCAGAUCUCCUCAAAUCAUUCGAGGAUCCAGAAACGUAUCAAAAAUUUCGAAAAGAGCUUGAGGGAAAAUUCUAUGGUCGAUUUGCCGCUCUAUUCAAAGGGACAGAAGAUAACAAGAAACUAGAAGAAGAUUUCCGAAAGUUGAUGGCAGAACGGUUAAAAAAGAAGCCAGAGUUAUUGGAUGCUAUUGUUCCGGACUUCGCGCCAAAUUGUCGUCGUUUGACUCCUGGACCUGGCUAUCUAGAGGCUUUGACCGAGGAAAACGUCUCUUUUAUUCAAACCCCUAUCGAGAGAUUUACCGAGGAAGGUAUUGUUACAAUUGAUGGUGUCGAAAGAAAGGUCGAUGCAGUAAUAUGCUCCACCGGAGCAAAUAUUGAUAUACGACCACCAUUUCCAAUUGUUGCAUUCGGUCAUAAUCUACAUGAUGCAUGGGAUCCUGACCCUCUUACAUAUCUUGGAGUCGCAUCGCCUUCCUUUCCCAACCUUCUCUUUGUCUCCGGACCCAAUGCUCAUGGAACAAGUGGUACAGUUCCAAACCAAACCGAAACACAAAUAACUUAUUUGGCCAAGAUACUGCGAAAGGUUAGCCAGCAGAGCAUCAAGACCUUCGUCCCAUCCAAGGAGGCGACAAAUGAUUUCAUCGCUUAUAGUGAUGCUUUCUUUCCCAGAACAGUAUGGACAGAUAAUUGUAAAUCUUGGGCAAACUCUGGCAGACCAGGAGGAAGAAUUCAUGGUCACUGGCCUGGAAGCGCAUCGCAUGUUAAUUUUAUAAGAAAAGAUCCCAGGUGGGAAGAUUGGGAAUAUACCUAUAAAUCCAAAACUGGAAAUAGAUUUGCAUAUCUAGGAAAUGGUUGGACGGUAAAGGAGACGAUUGCGGGUAGUGACUUGACUCCAUAUCUCAAACGCCCGGAUCAGAUUGAUUUGAGAAGUUAUCAUGAAGAAUGGUUUGAAGGCUUAUAG